UCUUUUCGCCUUUUGUUCCAAUCGAAGUUUGGGCAAAGUUUUUCCCUCCUUGAUUUCUUGGGUCCUUUUUUUUUGUUUGCUGGAAGAGAGCCCAGAGGAGUGGAAAACUCUCCCUCCUCCUCGCCUUCCUGCUUUCUUUCUCUCCCCACUUUUUGGAGUGUCGGGAAAGCUCUCCAAAACUCCGAGAAGGCGCAAAGGACAAAGUUUGGACAAAGUUCUUUGGGAGGAGAAUUUUUCCUUUUUUUUGGGUUCUAUUUUGGGAAGAGAGUUGGGGGAACUCGGCCGGGCCUCCAUUGGUUUGUUCCCCCCCAAUUUUGGAUGCUUUUCCUCCCCACUUUUUGUACUUUUCUGGACUUUUUUGGGGUGCCCCCAAACCUCUCCAAACUCAGAGGAGGAGGAGACGCACUCCGGAGAGGGCUUUGGAGGCGGAAUUCCGAAAAGGAAGAGAGGAAGGGGACUCGGGGGAGGAUGGCGUCGGAGCCUCGCCUCCCCUUGGGCCACUUCACCCCAUCGCUGCCCCGUUGGGUGGGUCGUAGAGCCCCCUUUUGUCCCCCGACGCGACUCUGUGCGCCCUAAGGAGGAGGGAGGGAGGGAGGGAGGGAUGGGCCGGCCGUGGGGUCUCCUCUCCCUCGGGGUCGUGGCCUGGCUCUGCUUCUGCCUGGGGCCCCUGGCGUGGAGUGGGGCCAGAGGGGCCUCCGUCCCGGCCAAUGGCACCUCCGGGCGGGCUGCCCCUUCGAGGGAGGAAGGAGAGAUGGAGGCGCGGUGCAAGCGGGAGGCGCCCUGCGAGCCCUUGGAGCAGAGCCUCUGCCUGGGCUCCCCGCUGCCCUACGCCGCCACUUCCACGCUCCUGGCCGAAGACUCCGCCACCCAAGCCGAGGCCAGGCACAAGCUGCUCCUCUGGUCCGGCCUGCGCAAUGCUCCCCGCUGUUGGGACGUGAUCCAGCCCCUCCUCUGUGCCGUCUACAUGCCCAAGUGCGAGGGCGGCAAGGUGGAGCUGCCCAGCCAGACCUUGUGCCAAGCCACGCGUGGCCCUUGCACCAUCGUGGAGCGGGAACGUGGCUGGCCGGACUUCCUCAAGUGCUCCACUGACCGCUUCCCCGAAGGAUGCCCGAACGAGGUCCAGAACCUGAAGUUCAACACCUCUGGGCAGUGCGAGGCACCGCUGGUCCGGACGGACAACCCCAAGAGUUGGUACGAGGACGUGGAGGGCUGUGGCGUCCAGUGCCAGAACCCCCUCUUCACCCUCUCCGAGCACCAGCAGAUGCACCGCUACAUCGCCGCCUUCAGCUCCCUCACCAUCUUCUGCACCUUCUUCACCCUGGCCACCUUUGUUGCCGACUGGAAGAACUCGAACCGCUACCCAGCGGUCAUCCUCUUCUACGUCAACGCCUGCUUCUUUAUGGGGAGCAUUGGAUGGCUGGCCCAGUUCAUGGACGGCGCCCGGAUGGAGAUCGUGUGCCGCGCCGAUGGGACCAUGCGCCUCGGAGAGCCCACCUCCAACGAGACGCUCUCCUGCGUCAUCAUCUUCGUCAUCGUCUACUACUCCUUGAUGUCGGGCGUCAUCUGGUUUGUGAUGCUGACCUAUGCGUGGCACACCUCCUUCAAGGCGCUGGGCACCACCUACCAACCGCUGCUGGGCAAGACCUCCUACUUCCACCUGAUCACCUGGUCCAUCCCCUUCGUCCUCACCGUUGCCAUCCUGGCCGUCGCCCAGGUGGAUGGAGAUUCAGUCAGUGGCAUCUGUUUUGUCGGGUACAAGAACUACCGCUAUCGAGCUGGGUUCGUCCUGGCCCCCAUCGGCCUGGUGCUUCUCGUCGGGGGCUAUUUCCUGAUCCGAGGUGUGAUGACAUUAUUCUCCAUUAAGAACAACCACCCGGGCCUCUUGAGCGAGAAGGCUGCCAGCAAAAUCAAUGAGACUAUGCUACGCCUGGGGAUCUUUGGCUUCCUGGCUUUCGGCUUCGUCUUCAUCACCUUCGGCUGCCACUUCUACGACUUCUUCAACCAGGCGGAAUGGGAGCGCAGCUUCCGGGAACAUGUUUUGUGCGAGGCCAACGUGACCAUUGCCACCGAGACCAAGAAGCCGAUCCCUGACUGCGAGAUCAAGAACCGCCCCAGCCUCUUGGUAGAGAAGAUCAACCUCUUUGCCAUGUUUGGGACUGGCAUCUCCAUGAGCACCUGGGUCUGGACAAAAGCCACACUGCUCAUCUGGAAGCGUACCUGGGGCAGGCUGACAGGACGGAGUGGCGACGAGCCCAAGCGGAUCAAGAAGAGCAAGAUGAUCGCCAAGGCUUUCUCCAAGAGGAAGGAGCUGCAGAACAACCCCAACCAGGAGCUGUCCUUCAGCCUGCGCACCGUCUCGCACGAGGGUCCCGUCGCUGGUAUGGUUUUCGAUAUCAACGAACCAUCAGGAGAUGUUUCCUCAGCGUGGGCACAACACGUCACCAAGAUGGUGGCCAGGAGAGGGGCCAUUCUGUCUCAGGAUGUCUCCGUGACACCUGUCGCCACACCUGUGCCUCCAGAGGAGAGGGCCAGCUUGUGGCUGGCAGAGGACGAGCGCCGGAGAAAGAAAACGAGCCGCAAGGCAAAGAAAACCAAGCGGCGGAAGAGGAAGGAAGUGUCUCCCUCGCGGACGGCGGCGGAAAACGGCGAUCCAUAUGGCGGCCUGGACUUCUUCGUCAGCUCCGUCCCGCGGCUGCCCCGUCUCCCGGAAGCCAAGCGCUUCGUCUCCAGUCCGUGGGAGUCGCAAGCCUUGAAUGCGGUCCUGGCGCCCACCGCCCACCAUUGCCCGAACGAGCGAGUUCCGACGGAUCAUUUCACCCGGAGGAACCCCAUCAGCCACCCGUUCUGCCCCGACGACGUGGGGCAACCGGAGGAAAAUGGUGCGUGGCUGUUCACCGGGAAUCGGCAGCCAACGACGAGUCGGGGUCCCCUUCCACAACACCCCUCCGCCUCCUGGUUCCAGCAGACGCAAGCGAGGAGAGGCCCGUUGCCUCCCAUCCAUUCCCGGACAAACCUCAUGGACGCCGAAGUGCUGGACCUCGAUUCCGACUUCUAAGGACAUGCCGAGAGGUCUCUGUGUCCCAAUACUCACAGGCAUGGGCCAACUUCGGGCCUC